AUGAGUUCUACUAGGACGCUGGUAUCCAGUUUACUGAGUCUUGGGGCAGGUUCAGGACUUACUUAUCUAUUGAUCAAAAACAAUAACGAGACAAAGAUCCUCUCGCCAUCCUCAACAGUACCAGGUAAUAGAUCUACCAAUACAAGUGUUACUACCGAGAAUACAUUAGUUUCUCCUGCUGAAUGGUUCAAAUUCGGAUUUCCUGGUCCCGUCCAUGAUUUACAACGUAGAGAACAAUUCGUAUCAUGCUAUAACAGACAAACUAGAAAUCCAUACUGGGUUGUCGAGCAUUUCACUCCGGAAUCACUAGCGACAAAGUCAGGGAACCGUCAAGGUUCUGUGUUCAGAGAAGAUGAACAAAUCCCAGAAUUGUUCCGUGCCAAAUUAGGUGAUUAUUUCAGAUCAGGUUACGAUAGAGGUCAUCAAGCACCCGCCGCAGACUCUAAAUUCUCACAAAAAGCAAUGAACGACACUUUUUAUUUGACUAAUAUGUGCCCUCAAGUAGGACAAGGUUUUAAUAGAGAUUAUUGGGCUCAUUUUGAAUUUUUUUGCAGAGAUUUGACUAAACAAUACAAGAGUGUCAGAGUAAUGACAGGCCCAUUAUAUUUACCAAAACAAGACCCCAAUGAUGGAAAAUUCAGAGUCACCUAUGAAAUGAUUGGUAAUCCACCAAAUGUAGCUGUACCAACCCAUUUCUUUAAACUUGUUGUUGCUGAAAAUCCAAUUGAUAAGAAAAAUAAACAAGAUGGGAAAUUGGCCAUCGAGGCAUUCGUAUUACCUAAUGAUCAAAUCUCGAACGAUACAAAAUUAUUAGACUUUGUUGUACCUGUGAAUGCUUUAGAGAGAAGUACAGGUUUAAAUCUAUUACAAGCUGUGAACAAAAACUCUAUGGUCCCAUUGUGUAAAGAAGUCAAUUGUCAGAUCGUUGUGAGAGACUUCAGCAACAAGAUGAACAACAACAACAAACAGAAGAGUCUUCCACCAAAGAAAUAG